CUGAGAGCUCAGCUGCCCUCAGGGGCCCCUCCCUGGGGACAGCCCCUUUCUGGCCAAUCACACUUUUCAGGCUUUCCUAUAUAACCCGGGGGCUGUGGGGGUUGCCCUCGGGUCAGCAUCAACUCCACAGCGCAGACAGCCUCUCAGGAGUCAGCCCAGCCAGCGUCCCACAGGCCGCCACCAUGCCGUUCGGCAACACCCACAACAAGUUCAAGCUGAACUACAAGCCGGCGGAGGAGUACCCCGACCUCAGCCAGCACAACAACCACAUGGCCAAGGUGCUGACCCCCGACCUCUACAAAAAGCUUCGGGAUAAGGAGACGCCCUCCGGCUUCACUCUGGAUGAUGUCAUCCAGACUGGAGUGGACAACCCAGGUCACCCCUUUAUCAUGACGGUGGGCUGUGUGGCGGGCGACGAGGAGUCCUACGUUGUCUUCAAGGACCUAUUUGACCCCAUCAUCCAGGACCGCCAUGGUGGCUACAAACCCACAGACAAGCAUAAGACCGAUCUCAACCACGAAAACCUGAAGGGUGGAGACGACCUGGACCCCAACUACGUGCUGAGCAGCCGCGUGCGCACUGGCCGCAGCAUCAAGGGCUACACGUUGCCCCCUCACUGCUCCCGCGGAGAGCGCCGCGCCGUGGAGAAGCUGUCCGUGGAGGCUCUCAACAGCCUGACAGGCGAGUUCAAGGGCAAAUACUACCCUCUGAAGAGCAUGACGGAGCAAGAACAGCAGCAGCUCAUUGAUGACCACUUCCUGUUUGACAAGCCCGUGUCUCCUCUCCUGCUGGCCUCAGGCAUGGCCCGGGACUGGCCCGACGCCCGUGGCAUCUGGCACAACGACAACAAAAGCUUCCUGGUGUGGGUGAACGAGGAGGACCACCUCCGUGUGAUCUCCAUGGAGAAGGGAGGCAAUAUGAAGGAGGUUUUCCGCCGCUUCUGCGUGGGCCUGCAGAAGAUUGAGGAGAUCUUCAAAAAGGCUGGUCACCCCUUCAUGUGGAACGAGCACCUGGGCUACGUGCUCACUUGCCCCUCCAACCUGGGCACCGGGCUGCGCGGAGGUGUGCACGUGAAGCUGGCAAACCUGAGCAAGCACCCCAAGUUCGAGGAGAUUCUCACCCGUCUUCGUCUGCAGAAGCGCGGCACAGGUGGCGUGGACACGGCCGCGGUGGGCGCCGUGUUCGACAUCUCCAACGCCGAUCGGCUGGGCUCGUCCGAGGUUGAACAGGUGCAGCUGGUGGUGGAUGGCGUGAAGCUUAUGGUGGAGAUGGAGAAGAAGCUGGAAAAGGGCCAGGCCAUCGACGACAUGAUCCCCGCGCAGAAGUAGGCACGGGUACCGGCCCCGCCAGCCCGCCGUGGGCAUCUGGAGCCCCGCCCCCCGGAAGUCCAAUCAAUGGGCGACGUCCAUUCUGGCCAAUGAGAACCCGCCUCUCCGGAGCCCCGCCCACCAGCUGGAGCUCCGGCACCUGUGCGCUCCCGAGCGCUUCUG